GUUCAUUCUCUUCACAGCCCACGCCCAAAUCUCUCUUCGUCCCCAAUCUCAAUCCCGCCCGGCGCCCGCUCCUCCCUCUUCUCCCCUAGGGUUUCGUUUUUCCUACGAAACCCUAAACCCUUCCCCAUCUUCGUUCUCGGUGGAAAGGAAUUCCAAAUUUAUUCGAUAACGCGGGAAUACAAAAAUCUUUAUUGAUCGAUAUCAGCCUUUUUUCCUUUUAAGUUGAAGAUUCUCUCUGAGGUUUGUCUUUCAAAAUGGCAGGAGCCAAUGACAUGGAGCUGAUCAGUACUGAGGCACCACCAGCUUCUAAGCGCAGGCGAAAGAAGUCAUUAGUCUGGGAACAUUUCACAAUUGAGGUUGUGGAUGGUGGUUGCACUCGGGCCUGCUGCAAGUUGUGCAAGCAGACCUUUGCGUAUAGUAGUGGCACAAAGAUAGCAGGCACCAGCCAUCUGAAGAGACACAUUGCCUUGGGUUCCUGUCCCAAAAUAAAAAAUCAAGACAAGAAGCCACUUAUGCUUCCGGGUGCACAGACUGAUGGGAAUUCCAUGGAUCCCCCCAAAAGGCGCUACAGGCGUUCCAACUGGAAUAAUGCACUGUUUGAGCAAGAAAUUAGCUGUGGUAGUCUGGCAAAGAUGAUAAUUUUGCAUGAGUACCCACUUCACAUAGUUGAACACCCUGGUUUUGUAUCAUUCGUUCAAAGCCUGCAACCUCGGUUCAGGAUGAUGAGUGCGAAUGAUACUGAAAGAGAAAUCUUAUCUGUUUAUCAGAAGGAAAAGCAAAGCCUUAUGCAGACAUUAGGGAAUCUGCCAGGACGAAUCAGCCUGACCAUAAAUCUCUGGACCACAAGUCAAACACUUGGGUAUGUAUGUUUAUCUGGACAGUUUAUUGAUUAUGAGUGGAGGUUGCACAGAAGAAUGCUCAACUUCAUGAUGGUGGCUUCUCCACAUUCUGAGAAUGCUCUUAGCGAGGCCAUCGAGAUUUGUCUUUCAGAUUGGAAUAUGCAGACCAAGCUAUUUACCAUCACUCUGGAUAACAACUGCUCCUCGCAUGACAUUUACAGUGCAAAUCUCAGAGACCACCUGACCAACAAGAACACACUGAUGCUUAAGGGUCAGCUAUUUGUUGUUCGCUGCUAUGCCCAUAUACUGAAUGCUAUUGCUCAGGAUGUGAUGGCUUCAAUUCAUGGGAUCAUCUACAACAUUCGUGAAAGUGUGAAGUUUAUCAAGGCAUCACAUGCACGUGAAGAAAAAUUUGCUGAGAUUGCUCUGCAGCUUGAAAUCUUCAGCACAAAUAACGUGUGUCUUGAUGUAGCCAGCCAGUGGAAUACUACUUACCUCAUGCUUGUAGCCGCAAAGGAUUACAAACAGGCUUUUGCUUGUUUGGAAAACUGUGAUGAUAGUUAUAAUGAGGCGCCAUCCACGGAAGACUGGAAGAAAGUGGAAAUUGUUUGCUCGUUCCUUAAGCUUUUCUAUGAUUCUGCAAAUGUUAUCAUGUCCACAGAGGAUCCAACUGCAAACAUUUUCUUCCAGGAAGCAUGGAAGAUUCUUGUAGAGCUGACCAAUGCCACUAGAAAUGAUGAUGACACAGUGAGCUGUAUUGCAAAGGAGAUGCAUGAGAAGUUUGACAAAUAUUGGAAAGAUUGCAGCCUCAUCUUGGCAAUUGCGGUAGUUAUGGAUCCUCGAUUUAAAUUAAAGCUAGUGGAAUUUAGUUUCCCAAAGAUAUACGGUGAAGAUGCUGCAAGGUAUGUCACAGUGGUCAGUGAUGCGCUACAUGAGCUCUACCUUGAAUAUGUUGCGCAGCCUCUUCCACUGACUCCUGCUUACAUAGAACCAGAAGGCGGUGCCAACAUGUCUAAUGGCAACAAUGACAGUAACCAAGGAACAAUCACAGUUUCUGCAGGGGAUGGACUUGUUGACUUUGAUAUUUUUAUUUCUGAAACUGCUAUGGAUCUGCAUACCAAGUCAGAGCUCGAUCAGUAUCUAGAGGAGGCUCUUGUCCCACGAAUCCAAGAGUUCGACAUACUGAACUGGUGGAAACUGAACAAUCUCAAGUAUCCGACACUGUCCAGAAUGGCACGGGAUGUCUUAGCUAUUCCAGUGUCCAUGGUUGGUCCAGGCUGCUCAAUAUUUGGGGUAGGGACUGGAGGCAGGAUGCUUGACGAGUACCGGAGCUCGCUUCGUCCUGACAUUGUGGAGGCGCUUUUCUGUGCGAGAGAUUGGAUACAGUAUUCACCAAUCGUCUCAGAGCCACCAUCAACAACUUCUACCGUUAAGAUGGAAUACUAGACCAAAGUAUAACCGGUUAAAAAAUUAGUUAUUAGGACAUGCAAUCUUAUGUUUAUUUAUUCCUGUUUCUCUUAAUUCUUUCAGUACAUUAGAUUUGCAGUAUGGGCCAGGUGCGUAUUUGUAUCAAAUUUGGACGCACUGCUUGAUUCUCAUUUGCUCAAUGUUUCGCUUCUUUUAGUUUGGGUAUUAUUGUUGAAAAAGAAUAGCUUUGCUUAUCUUAUUUAAAUGUUCUGGUUAAUUGGCAGCUC